AUGGCCGCGCGCAACAGCACCGCUGUCCUGAGCAGGGCCCUCCGCGCCCAGCACACACCACAGAUCCCCGCGCGGCACGCCGAGAAGAGGCCGUCGAUAGUGGCAAACUUCUACAAGACCUUUACCCGGCCCGUCCUCAAGACUCUCUUGAUGGCGACAUUGACGUACCAGAUCGCCUACUGGAGCUGGACGAAGCUUGAGCAGGACGAGAUCCGCGAGGAGAAGGGCAGAGAGAUCGAGGGCCUCGAGGCCAGGGUCGCGGAGCUGCAGGCGGGCAACAAGGGAACGCGGGCGUAA